AUGAGGAUAGUCUCAUCAUAUAUUCUGGCCUCGGGGCUACUUGUAUCAGCUGCCCUUGCUGCUCCAUUCGACUUCAGACGUCACCUAAUCAAGCGCGCGGGCUCACCGGAGAUGGAGAAGGACUUCCCGGAUCCUUCCAUCAUGCAAGAUUCGGACGGUCAGUGGUAUGCCUUUGCGACAGCCGGCAACGGCAAGCAAGUGCAGGUUGCGAAGGCGUCGGCCGCCAGUGGACCGUGGACAUACCUUGAUCAGGACGCACUACCUCAUGCUGGGUCAUGGACGACGAGCAAGAACACAUGGGCUCCAGACGUUCGUCUUCUGGAUGACGGAACAUAUGUCAUGUACUAUUCCGGAGAAGUGAAGAGCGAUACAAGAUUCCACUGCAUCGGAGUUGCGACAGCAAAGACUGUGUUGGGCCCCUAUAAAGCGGCUGACACGCCGUUCGACUGCGACCUCAGCAUUGGUGGCUCCAUUGACCCAUCAGGCUUCAAAGACGAGGACGGGAAGCGCUAUGUCGUGUACAAAAUCGACGGCAACAGCAUUGGCCACGGGGGAUCCUGUGGCAACGAGGUUGCGCCGAUUGUCCCGACGCCCAUCUUGAUACAGCAGGUUGAUGAGGACGGAGUCACCAAGAUUGGGACCACGACUCAGAUCUUGGACCGUAGCGACGCCGACGGCCCGCUGGUCGAGGCGCCCGCCAUCCUCCGGGACAGCGAUGGUCUGUAUGUUUUAUUUUACAGCUCUGGGUGCUUUACGGAAUCGACCUACAAUGUCAAUUACGCCACGGCACCAACCGUGCUGGGGCCGUAUACCAAGAGCUCGACGCCACUGAUCAAGACCGAUGAUUCGUUUGGACUCACGGCCCCGGGCGGUGCGACUCCAACAGUGGUCGGCAGCGCUAUAGUAUUUCACGCCAACUGCAACGAGGGCCGUUGUCUGUUUGAAAACAAGAUAGGUAUAUCGGACAAGAAGGUUGUACUGGAUGGUGUGGAUGGCAUUGGGUCUUGA